AUAACAAUUAAUAACUACAACAACAACAAAAUUGUUGAAAACACACAAUUAACACAAAUGUUUGCUAUCAAGGGUUUACUAACAGUGAUGUCAAAUAUGACUAUUCAAACAAAAUUAUUACAACUAUCUCGACGACUAUACAAUCGUAUGAUGUAUUGGAACGGCUGGCGUAUAGUCUGGCCAAUGGUUUGGGCACUAGCUGUGGCACAUGCCGGUGCUAUGUACGGCCUUUAUUUGCUAGUAUUUGGCACCGUUAUGUGGCAGACGCUAGUGUGGCAAAAUUGCAUACACCUGCUAACCGCACCGGGCAUUACUGCCGGCGCUCAUCGUCUAUGGUCUCAUCGGUCGUUCAAAGCUCGUUGGCCACUACGCCUCUACCUAAUGAUUGCCCAAACUUUAUCACUUCAGCGGGACAUCUAUUCGUGGAGUGCCGACCAUCGUAUACAUCAUAAGUACUCGGAAACCGAUGCCGAUCCCCAUAAUGCCAACCGGGGGUUCUUCUAUGCCCAUAUGGGCUGGCUGUUUGUCGAACAGCACCCGGAGGUCAUCAAAAAAGCUAAAAAUAUCGAUUUGAGUGACUUAUUAGACGACCCAAUAGUCUACUAUCAGAGAUUGUUUUAUCUGCCACUAGUGGCCAUCAUUUGGUUUGCCAUACCGGUGCUGAUACCCUGUUAUCUAUGGGACGAAACAUUUAUUAACUCAUUGUUCAUCAGUAUAACCAGAUAUAUAUUCAUGCUUCAUUGUGCAUUUAUGGUCAACUCAGUAGCACAUCUAUGGGGAAUACGUCCAUACGAUAAAAAUAUUAAUCCAGCUGAAAGUCAAUCAGUUACCUGGUUAACUCUUGGUGAAGGUUAUCAUAACUAUCAUCAUGUCUUUCCAUAUGACUACUCAACUGGUGAAUACAGUUGGGAUGAAAAUUUCAAUCUAACAACCUGGCUGAUCGACUGGUGUGCCCGCUAUGGACUGGCCUACGAUCUGAAAAAGCCCAGUGCCGAUAAUAUAGAGCAAACCAAAUUGAAACGUGGCAAUAGCAAACUGAUACAUAAGCCCAGUAUACCGGUGCUCGACUAUGUUACCGGUAUUGGCGUACAAACAUGGAUCAUAUGGCUUCCGUUAACAAUUAGACUAUUACUUACAAUUGCUACAAAUUAAUUCAAUUUAAUUUAAUUAAUUUUUUUAAAACAUAAUAUUAAUACAUAUAAACACA